GGUGUAGAUGGAUUGUAGCCACAUUGACAUGCUCCACUGUCAGAAAGCUAAGUCAAGACUAAGGAGGCAAGACAAAUCAUUGGUAUACGAAAGCGUGCAUUGAAACAGCGCGCAAACAGCUGCAGAGACAAAAACCCGGUUGGAAGAAAACCCCCGGUAGCAAUGGUCAUGUUUGAAUUCCUGAUUUGGACCUAGGAACGACGCAACACGAAUAAACUUUGAGCAAGGAAGGCUUAAGGAAAUAACAAAAUAUGCGCAGGUUAAUGGCUGUGAUAAUUCCCAGAGAAGAUAUUUUCGUCAGUGCCUUUAUUAAGAACCGGAAAGCCUAAAAGUCUAGGUUUAAUAUUAUUAUAUAACAUGCGAUUUUACGGUUUGCCGGACAUCGGGAUCAAAAUGAGGUCAUAGAGCCCAUUCUUAUCGUGCUUGGAGUGAGCGACAACUUGUAUAUGUUCGCGUGCUCGUCUUUAGAAAUUCAGAUACCUAUCUGAACGUGGGAAGAGAGGAGUGCGGACAAACAAACACAAGCCAAGCUUGCAGUUCUGCAGCAAUGGGUGCGUCUUCAAAAGUUCUCAUUCUCUACUAUGCAAUUUCAGUUAUUUUGUUGCUGGUAUUUGGAAUUUUGAAGUUACUGCAGAAAAUCUGUUGGAUGGAAGGAGCGAUCACUGGCCUCAUAAAGAUGGUUUCAACUAUUGAUAUGCCAAAAGAGGAUUACUGGGAAAACUUAUUUGGAUGGGAAAUGUUCAAGGCUCAACAAAAAUGUCUCCAACGCGAUCUAAUGAAAGAAGCUCAAAAGGGACGUCCAGCCCCCAACCCUCAUCUUGUGUCACUUGACGGAAGCAAGUAUUUUCAGCUGCUUGAUUUUGCACGCGGCAGCCGUCCACUAGUCGUUAACUUCGGCAGUUGCACGUGUCCAGUUUUCAUGGAAAGACUGCAGCAAUUUGGAGAGAUCGUCGAGGAGUUCAGCCCCAUUGCAGACUUCUUAACAGUUUACAUAGAAGAAGCACACCCGAUAGAUGAAUGGAAACUCGAGGGAAACAUCGAGAUUUUACAGCACAGAACGCAGCAGGAACGUUGCCACGCAGCAAGAACUCUCUUGGACCUUGGUAAAGUACAUAGUGAAUCUCCGCUUGUGGUAGACACAAUGGAAAACGUCGCAAACAAUGCUUUUGGAGCAUUACCCAUAAGAUUGGUUGUCAUACAAAAMGGACAAGUCAAGUACACUGGAGGAAUUGGACCCACAUUCUACGAAACAGCAGAUAUUCGCCAGUGGCUUUCAGUUUACAGGAAAAAAAAACACCCGCCAGAGGGCGUAAAGAAGGCCCCUUCUCUUUUUGUUUUAUUCCCUUUUUUGAUUUUAUUUCCCAAUAGCAAUGCUGUAAUAAUUUCACAUUAAAAACAUAUGCCUGUUUG